AUGCAGGUCCCUGUGUCGGUUCUUGCCAGCGAUCGCGAAGUCGUAUGCACAACUCCGCACUGGGAGAUCCGACCAUACGGCGCAGUCUCAGAACGUGUUCUGGUCCGCCUCUCCACCGACGGUGUUGGCACAGCUCGAUCCUCCCAAGCAUACGUGAACUUCGUGGCAUACCCAGCGCCGCAGACGGUGGAACCGAUUGAGGGCCCUGUUGAAGGCGGGACAAUGGUCCUGGUUCAUGGACAGCACUUCCGGCCACACGGGCAGGAGCUCUUCAUCCGCUGCAUUUUUGGAACUCGGAAGAGCCAGGCUUUGAUUCUUUCAGAUACAGAGCUUCAAUGCACCUCUCCGCCUGUGGAUGGUGCCUACCUUCCCACCGGCUAUUUGGCUCCCUUCGAUCUCGAGACCGUCCCGGCACCUGCGAUCAUGAAGGGAACAACUCCUGCGGCAAGUCAGUUCCCCAAGAAGCAGCUGACGUUCUACUAUCGGCGCUUUAUUCCAAGCAUCUCGUGGGUUGAGCCGCUUAGCGGCCCGGAGUUUGGAAGCACCCUGGUGUCCCUGAGAUCGGAUGCGCCUAUCCUGAACUCCAAGAAUCUCAAGUGCGUCUUUGGGAACAUCCAAGUUCCGCUCUUCCUUGUGACGCAGAAUGAGGCGACCUGCACGUCCCCGCCGGUUGUCCAACCUGGAGUGGUGGAGCUGACCCUUACAGCUGACGGUCAGAACCGAAAGCAGAUUGGUCCAAGUGGGGAUGCAGUUCGCUUCAAGUACUACGUCACUCCCACUGUGGCCAAGGUGACGCCUGCUUUCGGCUCCUCACGUGGCGGAACCAUCGUCCAGCUUGAAGGUGCGCACUUCAUCAACGACGUCCGUUUGACCUGUAAGUUUGGCGAAGUCAUGGUUCCGGCUGGGUUCACUGCCAACCUGGCGGUCGGGCAUCCAGUUGACUUUCCGCCUGUUCGCGGAGUGUACUGUAGGAAUGCUUCCGUGCGUCGCUACCAUCCUGACAAAGACAUUGCCAGGAUUCGUUGCCGAUUCGGCACUCUAACAGUGCCCGGGAUUCGAGUGAACGAGACGUUUCUGGAGUGCGUGUCUCCUGCAGCCUCGGGCUCAGAUGGGAUUCUGCAAGUGGACCCACCUCUUGGACCGAACCACCGCAGCCUGAGCAUUCGGCUCAUAGGUGAGGGCUUCAUCAGCACGAACUAUUUGAAGGUCCGCUUCGGCGGGGUGUCCAUCGAAGCAGAAGGCCAGCACCUGGUCCAGACGGCAUUGGCGUCAACAGAUACGGAGGCCGUCGUGGAGCUCCCAAGGCUAUCAGUGCACACGGAUAUGACGCGAGUGCCUCUCUACAUCUCCAACAACGGUCAAAACUAUGCGCCCGAAGGAGUUCUCCAGUGGGACCAGGACGAGGACGCCUACGACGUCCCCAAGAGUAUGGCAUACUUCACCUUCCACGAGAGCAUCCUGCUUCGCAACGUCGACCCGGAGGUUGGAAUGACAUAUGGUGGGGGCUUCGUCUCGGUGUUUGGCUAUGGCUUCCUGAACUCCACCGGCCUCAACUGCUCGUUUGAGUGGAUUGGCUCCCCGUCUGUGGUGUAUAUUUCGUCCACGCAGAUCAUGUGCGAGGUUCCCAACAUGCUGGCUGCUCGGUCCAGCAAGGCUUUGGGCCACGCAACUUUGCGAGUCACCUUGAACAAUCGAGACUGGUCGCAAACGAGCCUGUCUUUCAGAUUCUUGGGAGAAUGUCCUAUUGGCCACUAUUGCCAGCACAAGGCGUUUAACGAUUACACCUUCCGGCUGUUGCCAUGUCCGGCUGGACACUUUUGCGAAAGCGCUGGAAUGAGCUCGCCAACUCCUUGCCCACCAGGUGCAUUCAUGCCGUACCGGCGCCAGGUGCAAUGCCAGCUUUGUCCCAUUGGCUUCUGGUGCCCACGCUCUCGCAUGAUCCAGCCUAUCGGCUGCCGGAGAGGUUGGGUCUGCGAUGAACCAGGCUUGGUGGUACCAUACAAGCGCUGUCCUGCUGGCUACUACUGUGCGCAGCUCAGUGCGCUACAGUAA